AGUUUUGGCUCUACGGCUACGGGUAAGCGUUCGCUGACACUUCCUCCCGGUCCUCCUCCUCGUCCUUCCUCCUCCUAUCACCCCGCCCACUCGAAUACCCUCAACCGUCUUUCACUCAGCUCUUUUCGCUUCACACCACUCGUCAACCUGUUGCCCCAUUGCUAAUCAAAUCAACGUCCCCAGGAGUCUCAUAUGGAAACCUCCCCCUCACUUUGGUACCAACUUACCUUCCCCCCUUACCCAGAGACAAGAGAGCAACCCGUCCGACUUUAUUCACAUCGACGGGCACCUCGGCUGACAAAAGGGCCCCCUCCUUUUCGCGCUCUCCAGACAGACGAGUUUCCGGCUGGGUGACGGGCUACGUCCGGCGGUUCUGGCAGGUCUGUUGCAGCCCCUCCAGCUUCCCCCCAUCCCUCCUCCCCUUUCCGUCUCUCUCUCCCUCCCUUUUUCUUUUCUCUCUUCAACCAGACGCUCUCACUGACAACCAACCCCCACCCCUCAGGCCAGGUAAAUGUUUUUCCCCCUGUAUCUCCUCCAACGACGGACAGGUCUCAGGGCUUUCUUUGAGAUACUGACGCACGGGCUCAGCGAGGACCACAGGGGCACCCCCGAGGCCCCCGGCCGUGUCGUCACCCUCAUCGAGCGCGCCUACUGGGAGAAGCUCACCGACCACCACGACUCGGCCCCUGACCGCGUCUGGGGCGUCGCCUAUCGUAUCGUCCCCGAGCACGUCGCCGAGGUCAAGGACUACCUCGACAUCCGCGAGAUCAACGGCUACUCCAUCCACUACACGCCCUUCCAUCCCGCCGAUGGCUCGCCGCCAAUCUCCACCCUCGUCUACAUUGGCACCCCCGACAACGAGCAGUUUGUCGGCCCCCAGGACCCACACGAGCUCGCCCGCCACAUCCUCGCCAGCCGUGGCCCCAGCGGCCUCAACAAGGAGUACCUCUACAACCUCGACGUCGCCCUCGACGAGCUGUGCGCCGAGAGUGGCGACGUCCACGUCAGCGAUCUCGCCUCUCGCGUCAGGGCCCUCGAGCAGGAGCAGGCUGUCCCCUCGCCUUCCCCGCCCCCCGCCGACACACACUUCAACCGACGCAGCAGCAUAACCGAGGCCGAGGAGCUCGAAAAGGCCUGACCCCAAGGCGAGCCUAUGACAUAUGACAUAUAGAAAUAGUAGCGGGAGAAGAAGCUUUUGUCGCGAGCGAGGCGGUCGGUCCAUCCAUCAACAUCAAGACCCUUGAACCCAGUCCCCUCAUCCCCCUCCCCCCCUAUCCGACCCUGUCCACUGCCUCCCCCAUAGAGCCUUUCCUUUUCCGUCGUCUAUCUGGUCGACCCCGAACAUCGUCGUCUUCGUCAUCGUCGUCAUCAAUCUUUGUUGGCUGUCGGCUUGUUCUUGUCGCCUAGACAGGUAAUAAAAUAGACCCAACACGGCGGCACGGGAUGCGUGCUGCCCGCUCUCACGCGCGGACCCGUCUCUGCUCCAGCCAAGUGAAAAUCAUCCGAUGCCUCCCAGCCGCCGUCCCCCCCUCACAGAAAG